AUGGGGACAUACAAAGUUUCAUUUUCUGUUCUGUGUUUCUUGGUCUUAGCCAUCAUAUCUCAUCAUGUUGCUCAUGCCCAAGAUUCACAAAAAGACUAUGUGAGUGCCCAUAACGAUGCAAGGUCAGAGGUGGGUGUUCAAGGUUUGUCUUGGAAUGACACUGUAGCUCAGUACGCACAAAAUUAUGCUAAUAAACGUAAAAGUGAUUGCCAACUCAUCCACUCAAAUGGACCUUAUGGGGAGAACCUAGCAGGAAGCACAGGUGACGUAAGUGGUGUUGAUGCAGUGAAACUGUGGGUUGAUGAGAAAUCAUACUAUGAUUACGAAUCUAAUUCUUGUGUUGGUGGAGAGUGUGGGCACUAUACACAGGUGGUUUGGAGAAAUUCAAUCCACCUUGGAUGUGCCAAAGUACGUUGUGAUAAUGGUGGCACAUUUGUUAUUUGCAACUAUGAUCCCCGUGGCAACUAUAUUGGGGAAAGACCUUAUUAA